AUGAAUUUGGUGUCACCGAUUCCCCCUUCACCUCCCCAGUCGACAGACGGGACUUCCCUUAUGGAAGAUUCCUUCGAAGCCCGUGGAGUUUACCCGCCUGUGUACAGAGGCAUGAAUGUGCCUGCUAAUGAUAUCAACGGAACCAUAGCCCAUGGCAUGCAAUAUGGCUCUCCUCCAUCCUUCAGUCCUAAUACUUUCCCUCACACGAUUCCACCCCAGAUGAUGAUGAUGCCUGGACCCCAAGUGAACACACCUCCUACAGGAACCGAUGAAGCAUUUAUGGGAUUGCCCACUCCACCUCGCCGCCGUGCACCAGCAGGCAAGGCAAAACAACAACGACGCAACCGCACCCGAAACACUCUUUCUGAACCCGGUCUCAAGAUUGAAGAAGCCAUCAGCAAGCUCACUGCAGACUACGACAUUCCGAUCAAGGAUAUGGAUGCCUGGGUUGCUCGACCUGCUGAAAUCCGUAGGAAAGAGGCCAAGGCCAAGGGAAGAAUUUCCCGUCCAAUGAACUCCUUCAUGCUUUAUCGUUCGGCCUACUCAGAACGAACCAAGAGGCUCGUCGGAGUGACCAACCAUCAGGUCGUCUCCAGAAUUGCAGGCCAAGGCUGGAAGUUGGAACCGCCCAACAUCCGCAAGAAGUAUGAGGAUUUGGCCAAAGUUGAGCGCGAUGCUCACGCCGCAACCCACCCAGAAUACAAGUUCUCUCCAAACAAGCAAGGACAAGCACAGCCUGUCAAAGGCCGCGAGGAAGGAUCGCCUCAUAUACCAGCAUAUAACGUUAAUGUCGAGGAAGGGUUCUGUUCGGACUUUGAUAGUGAAGUGGGCUCAACGGUUUCUAGAAUGACACCUGGGCCUUCAUACGCCCAUUCUCGCAAUCAGAGCUUCGAAGAGGGUUACUUCAACACUAGUCGGGAUCGAUCACCAUACGGCACUCCUGAGCAGGGCAUGUCCAUGCCCAACUACGUUCAACCCUCCUGGUCCAAUACAAGCCAUCCAACCGGCCUGCCAAUGCAGCACAACUCAUUUCAUGGCAUAAGCCACAUGGAGGAGGAUCAUUUCCGCACAGCCAGUCCCCCAAUGCAUCAAAGCAUCCAUUAUGACUCCUCACUCGCCGGUAUUCCCGGUGCCUCGCAUCAUGAGCUGCUUCAGCCCCAGUCAACCCACGCAGCACCCCAUAUGGACCCUGCACUGCUCGGAUAUUCCAACGGCAGUGAAGCUGUCGGACUCCCCCACAUGACUGGAGCCACCUUUAGCCCUGGCAUCUCUACAUACUCGACCUGGGGCGAGGAUUCCACAGCUUACUUCCCUGGCACCACAGCUCCUUCCAUGACUGCCAGCCCGGCCCAAUACCAGAACCCUCAGAUGGCAUCCCCGUACCUUCUCAGUAUGCACAACACUGAUCACCGGGAUCAAACCUGGGACUUGCAACGCGAGCACUCCGGUAUGACCGAUGUUGUCCACAGCGAGUUUGAUCUGUGGUGCGGCGAGGCCCCAGCCCAAAGCUUCUAG